AUGGAGGCUGGAUGUGUGGUUGCCGCGGUGAUCGAGAAUGCUGCCUCCGGAGCCCAGGGAGAACCAGGAAGUGGUGACGUCCGUGAGGGAGAUGUGCUGCCAUGUUCAGACCCGGACAAAUCUGAAGGCUCAUCUCAAGCUGCCAACAGUAAUCCUCUGGAGGACAAACAAGAGCGGGAGGCGCUGUGUGCCCUGGCGUCCGCUGAUGACAUCACAGAGCACCCAGAGCCCCUCCUGCGCUCCUGCGUCAGCACCGCCAGCAUGAAAGUCAAGAACAUGAAAAAGUUAACAUUCUCCAAAGGACACUUCCCGAAGUUGGCCGAGUGCGCUCAUUUUCACUACGAAACAGUGGAUUUUGGCAGUGUCCAGUUGAUGCUCAAAGAAGAUCAGAGUGAAGGGCCGAAAGCAAAUCUGGAUUCUAAAGACCUAGUCUACUUUGCUCAAAUAACCUGCCAGGGGAAACAAUGGUUGGUGAAAAGAUCCUAUGAAGACUUCCGGGUGCUGGACAAACACCUGCACCUGUGCAUCUACGACCGACGCUUCUCCCAACUCACUGAGCUGCCCAAAUAUGACCCUUCCAAAUACAUUGCAGAGGUGAUAACAAAAAUGCUGGCGACGUACUUAUCCCGCUUCUCAGUCAUUGCAGACAACAAGAUCAACUGUGGCCCAGUGCUAACAUGGAUGGAGAUUGACAACAAGGGAAAUCACCUGCUUGUGUCAGAGGAAGCUUCGAUCAACGUUCCCGCCAUUGCCGCCGCUCAUGUGACCAAACGCUACACCGCUCAAGCCGCCGACGAGCUGACGUUUGAGGUCGGGGAUAUAGUUUCUGUAAUCGACAUGCCUCCUAAAGAAGACACUGGCUGGUGGAGGGGCAAACACGGAUUUCAGGUCGGUUUCUUCCCCUGUGACUGUGUGGAGCUGAUAAAUGACAAAAUCCCCCCCAGUGUUCAGAGCUCAGUGCCAAAGCCAGUGUGUAAGAAACACGGCAAACUGGUGACAUUCCUGAGAACGUUUAUGAAGUCCAGACCUCCGCCGCAGAAGCUCCGACAGCGAGGCAUCCUCCGGGAGCGGGUCUUCGGCUGCGACCUGGGAGAGCACCUGCACAACUCAGCACACGAUGGUACAAACACGUGUGUCCCACAGGUCGUCCAGUGUUGUGCCGAGUUUAUCGAGAAGAUUGGUGUGGUUGAUGGAAUAUACAGGCUUUCUGGGAUCUCCUCUAACAUCCAAAAACUCAGACAUGAGUUUGAUUCCGAGCAGAUGCCAGAUCUCAUGAGGGAUAACUUCCGACAGGACAUCCACUCGGUGGGCUCUCUGUGUAAGCUGUACUUCAGAGAGCUGCCCAACCCGCUGCUCACAUAUCAGCUCUACGACCGGUUUGCUGAGGCCGUGUCUGCAGCGACUGAUGAGGAAAGGCUGGUCAAGAUCUACAAUGUCAUCCAGCAGCUGCCUCCGCCUCACUAUAGGACAUUAGAAUUCUUGAUGAGGCACUUGUCUCGUCUGGCCACGUUCAGCUCAGUGACCAGUAUGCACACCAAGAACCUGGCCAUCGUCUGGGCUCCGAACCUGCUCAGGUCCAAACAAAUCGAGUCGGCCUGUUUUAGUGGCACAGCGGCUUUUAUGGAAGUGCGGAUCCAAUCUGUGGUGGUGGAGUUCAUCCUCAACAACACUGAGGCUUUGUUCAGUCAGAAAAUCAAUGCCAUCAUACGGGAAAACAAUGGCAACAACACCUUAGCCAGACCCAAAUCCCUGCUGGUCUGUUCGCCAUCCACUAAGUUGCUGUCCCUGGAGGAGGCCCAGGCUCGGACUCAGGCUCAGCUGGGGUCCCCUGCUACCACGCCCUGUCUGUCCCACAGCGACUACAUCGAGGUGGGAGAGGGGCCUGAAGCACUGCUCGGAAAGUUUCACACCGUUAUCGAUCUGCCCAUUGAAAACCUUAAAAGAGCUCCAGUCAAAUCAAAAAAAUCUCCUGUUGGCAACUGGCUUUCAUUUUUCCACCUGGGCAAAUCACACUCUGUGUCCAAACGGAAACUAAAGCGGCAUCCCAGUGAGCCCAACGAGAUGAAGAGCAUCGCACUUCCUGGUGGAAGAGGCGACACAGGCACAUUACGAUCGACUAAAAGUGAAGAAUCGCUGGCAUCUUUGCACAAUAUGGAAGGCGAUCCUCACGGUUAUCAGCUCCUUCGACCUCGAUCCACCAGCGAGGCUAUUUCUGCUGCAGUCAGUAAAGAUGACCUGCGAUGCUCUCUAAGUAAAGAAGAGCUGCGGCCUCCCCCCCUCCACACACCCACCUCUCUACCAUCGCCACAAGAGGACGAUCUUGACCUGAGCCCGCCGGCUGUGGGCAUCUCCACUCUGGACUUUGACCCAAUGUCUUUUCAGUGCAGCAAGAGUGGAAGCAAAUGGAGAAAGAGCGCGGGGUGCUCGAGUGAAUCUGAGCCCAUCUCUUCUCCCAACAACAACAUUGACGAGUUCUCUCCCGAUCUCAGCCCAGGCAUGGACGCAAAGAGACUCGUGAAAUCACCCAAACUCCGGAAAAAGUCAUUUAAGACACGGGCAGAUGUUCAAAACUCCGCGUUUGGGAGUUCAACAUCACCGUCCCCCUGUACGCCUUCACCGCUGGACGAUAGAUGCGACAUGAGCGAUGGAAAAGAACGCUGCAGACUGCCAUAUCCGCACUGUAGCCCCAUCAGCACCGUGAGCCAAGCGUCUGAUCUUCCAGAUCCAGGAACAGAUAGACUUAUGAGUUCAGUCUCUGUUCUCCCUCCUCACCCUCCCCUGAUGAGCGCCGCACGCAAGCUGGCGCUAGCUCUGGCCGAAUCCGCGCAGAGGGCGAGCGGCGGCCCCCAGAGACGAAAUACCUACACCUCCCCUCACCCACUGCUCCUCCCCAGACAGGACGCAAAUCUACCCCACGGGACCGGCCAGGACAGACCAGCCAGGCCCUCCAUGCUGGAUCUCAAAGUGUACUUACAGGAGCAGAGCAGGGCCCAGGCGGCGUCUUCGUCCGGACACAGCCCAGGAAAGAGCCACCGCUACCCCAAUACUGCCCACUUCCUAGCCGCCCACUUGGCCAUGGAUGGACCAGAGAGCACGAGCAAUUACACACCUAACGUCAGCCCACUGGGGUCGGGGAGUCUGGACGGAAGCAGAGACGACAUGCGACUGGAAGAUGUGACGAUAGAGCCGACUUAUCAAAGCGUAGGAGUGUCCACACCCACGCAGCCUGUCUGCUCCACUCAAAGCCCUUUGACUUCGCCGGUUUACGUCAACGCAGACUCUAUAAACGUCUUCAACUUCCGAGCAGUUCUGGCUGAAACCUCCAUUCCCACUUCCAUUGAACAGGUCCUCCCGCGGCCCCUGCAUCGCCAAUACAGCACAGAGGACGAGGCGGCUGAUGAUUACAGUUAUCUGAUUCAAACGCGCCAACUGCCCCGCUGCCCUCCGCCUGAAGCCUUGCCAAUUCAUUUACAAAAAAGCAUAUACCGGCAGGCUUCAGAGGGCCACUACGCCGCUUUAGCUUCCAGAUACCCCCCGUCACCUCAGAACAGACGUUACUAUAAAGAUGAGCACAUCGUAAGUGGCUUUCAAAGGGCAAACAGCCAGCAGCAGAGGUCGGACAACAGAGCGACGGGGCAACCUGCAAUCAGGAGAGCUCGAUCUUUCCACGCACCUCAGAUAAGUCACUAUGAGCUAGCCGAGCCUGAAGUCGUGCCUCCGGACACUAUAUUCUACGUAGAUUCGCCCCCAAACCAGGACACUAUUUAUUCCAGGCUAAUUGAAACGGGUUGGCAUCCUCCUGGCCAGUUAGAAAGUGAUCAGCGAAACAAGCAUUAUCAAGGAGACAGUUCUCAUUACUAUGCUGAACCCUGCCAACCAACUGGGAUGCGCCACAGCCAGUCCUACACGCUACAUUCCACAAGAGAAAGCGACCAGUCCAACUACUACGCUCAGCCAAUUAACAGGGAGCUUUUUAUAGAGCGCGAUACUGUUGUCUACAAGGCCAGAGAUGCUGAAGUUUAUGAAAGAGUCGUGUACCAACCAUAUAGGGAACGGGGGAAGUCUCCGUUUGACAGUCCAGGUUCAAGAAAUCGAGAUAUUAUGCACACGCGUAGUAAGUCUGACCCUGGGAACGCACACCUGCUUUGUGCCGAUCGAAAGGAAAACAUCCAAGCAGCUACCUCCCCGACUUCACCCCUAUCCCAACAAAGUGAGCCCGAAGUCAGCAAGCAUCAAAUCAGUUAUCGGCCAAGUCCGGAGCCAGGUCAAAGCAGGCGUAUUCAUGUUAAAAAGCAGCAGCUUCACAAAGUCCCCUCGCUGCCGGAAAAGGCUUUGCCAAACCUGAAAAACGUUGAGCACAAAAGCCAUAUACAGGGUUACAAUCAGGAUCCGCUCAUGAUGGCAAAAGCCUCGGGUUAUUCUGGCAUUCUGAAGCCGGGGAUACUCAGACGACCCGGCAGAUCACAGAGCACGAGGGAAAAUAGACCACACCAAUACCAGGUGAAAUCCCCCCAAGACUUUGAACAUCCGGCAUCUUUUUCUCAAUCCGGGAGGAGGACUCAGAGUUAUAAAGUCAGGCCGACGCAGCAUGACUUCAUGGAGGGGUAUUAUGGCGCGGCCAGAUCUAAACCUGUGCGGACAAACAAGGCUUUGGCCGGGUUUAUGCAGGGGCAGAGCUGCAUGUCUCCCAAUAGACACAGACUUCUGUCCAAGGCGCUGGGGAGAGAGGGGUACUAUCUUAGAUCUGAGGGUGGAGUCUACGAUUGA